GCACCGGGCUGAGCGCCGGGACGCGCCGAGGCGGCAGCGGGGGCCGAGCCCGGAGCCAUGGAGGGGCCUGGCCAGGAGGCCUACGAGGAGGGGAUGAGGAGGAGCCUGGACCCCGAAGGCUACGAGGACCCCGGGCUGAAGAGCUCCCACCUGUCGCUGGGCGAGAUGAGCACAGUGUCCGUGACCGAUGUGGACCUGGAGGCAGCAGGGAGCAGGAGGCUCCUGUCCCAGCCGGACAGCCACGAGGGAUACGUGGAGCUGCACGAGCUGGUCCUGGACAAUGCAAAGGACUUGUGCUGGAUGGAGGCCGGCCACUGGCUCAGGCUGGAGGAGGACUUCCAGGAGUCCGGGGACUGGAGCCAGCCCCAUCUGUCCUUCCUGACCUACCAUAGCCUCCUGGAGAUCCGCCGGGCCCUCAGCAAAGGUGCCAUCCUGCUCAACAUGGAGGCCAACUCGCUGCCGGCCAUCGUCCACAUCCUGCUGGACCAGCUCAUCUACGAGGGGCAGAUGAAGCCGCAGGACAGGGACGAUGUCAUGAGGACGCUGCUCCUGCGCCACAGCCACCCCACCGAGGACGAGUCGGUGUGGACGAUGCCGCCGGCGCUGGUGCAGCGCUCGGGCACCGGCAGGGCCGACGUGGAGCGGCCUCUCCUGAGGGAGCAGCGGCCCGUGGAGAUGAGCAGGAUGGCGGGGAAGGAGCAGAGCGGGGUCCCCAAACCCCAACUCCUGGAGACGAUCCCAGAGGGUGCUGAGGCCACCCUGGUCCUUGUGGGCUGUGCAGCCUUCCUGGAGCAGCCCGUGCUGGCCUUUGUGCGCCUGAAGGACGCGGUGACACUGGACGGUGUCCUCGACGUGUCCAUCCCCGUCCGCUUCCUCGUCGUGGUGCUGGGGCCCGACACGCCCCACAUCAGCUACCACGAGAUCGGCCGUGCCAUCGGCACCAUGAUGUCCGAGAGGGUGUUCCGCCGGGACGCGUACCUGGCCGAGGGCCGGCAGGAGCUGCUGCGGGCCGUGGAGGAUUUCCUGGACGCCAGCAUCGUCCUGCCGCCCAGCGAGGCCCCCAGCGAGCCGCUGCUCCGCGCCCUGGUGCCGCUGCAGCGGGAGCUGCUCCGACGGCGCUACCAGCCCCUGGAGAGGCUGCACAUCGGGGACUUCCUGAAGGAUCUGGGUACGGCAGGGACCCCCGCAGUCCGCUGUGCCCGGUGGGACCCCCUCCUUGCCCGCGGGGUCCCCUCAUGGGCAGCCGGUGUGUCCCCAGGGAAGGACGAGGCGGCUGCGGAGGAUGACGACCCCCUGCGCAGGACGGGGCGGCCCUUUGGGGGGCUGGUGCGGGACAUCCGCCGCCGCUACCCCAAAUACCUCAGCGACAUCAAGGAUGCCCUGAACCCCCAGUGCCUGGCCGCCGUCAUCUUCAUCUACUUCGCGGCGCUGUCCCCCGCCAUCACCUUCGGGGGCUUGCUGGGUGAGAAGACCAAGGGGAUGAUGGGGGUGUCAGAGCUGCUCAUCUCCACCUGUGUGCAGUGCGUGCUCUUCAGCCUCCUCAGCGCCCAGCCCCUCCUCGUCGUCGGCUUCUCGGGACCCCUGCUGGUCUUUGAGGAAGCCUUCUACUCGUUCUGCAGCAGCAAUGGCCUGGAGUACAUCGUGGGACGGGUCUGGAUCGGGUUCUGGCUGAUCCUGCUGGUGCUGGUGGUGGUGGCGUGCGAGGGCAGCUUCCUGGUGCGCUACCUGUCCCGCUACACGCAGGAGAUCUUCUCCUUCCUCAUCUCCCUCAUCUUCAUCUUCGAGACCUUCUCCAAGCUGGUCACGAUUUUCAAGCAACACCCACUGCAGAGGGAAUACAACGUGCAGGCUGAGGUGCAGCCCGGGGUGCCCGAGCCCAACACGGCGCUGCUGUCCCUGGUGCUCAUGGCUGGCACCUUCUUCCUGGCCUACUUCCUCCGCGUGUUCAAGAACAGCUCCUUCCUGCCCGGCAAGGUGCGGCGCCUGAUCGGGGACUUUGGGGUGCCCAUUUCCAUCUUCAUCAUGGCACUGGCUGAUUUCUUCAUCAACGACACCUACACCCAGAAACUCAGCGUCCCCAAAGGGCUGCAGGUCACCAACGCCACUGCCCGGGGCUGGUUCAUCCACCCCAUGGGCGACACCACCCCCUUCCCCAUCUGGAUGAUGUUUGCCUCCGUGAUUCCCGCCCUUCUGGUCUUCAUCCUCAUCUUCCUCGAGACGCAGAUCACCACCCUCAUCGUCAGCAAGCCCGAGAGGAAGCUGGUGAAGGGCACGGGCUUCCACCUGGACCUGCUGCUGAUCGUGGCCAUGGGGGGGCUGGCAGCCCUCUUUGGCAUGCCCUGGCUCAGUGCCACCACCGUGCGCACCAUCACCCACGCCAACGCCCUCACCAUCAUGAGCAAGACCUCGGCCCCGGGGGGCAAAUCCCAGAUCCUGGAGGUCAAGGAGCAGCGCAUCAGCGGCCUGCUGGUGGCUGUGCUCAUUGGCGUCUCCAUCCUGAUGGAGCCCAUCCUGAAGUACAUCCCCCUGGCUGUGCUCUUUGGCAUCUUCCUCUACAUGGGCGUCACCUCCCUCUUUGGCAUCCAGCUCUUUGACCGCAUCCUGCUCCUGCUGAAGCCCCCCAAGUACCACCCUGAUGAGCCCUACGUCACCAGGGUGAAGACUUGGAGGAUGCACCUCUUCACCUUCACCCAGAUCGUUUUCCUCGUGGUGCUGUGGGUGGUGAAGUCCACGCCGGCCUCGCUGGCUCUGCCCUUUGUCCUCAUCCUCACCGUGCCCCUGCGGCGCUUCCUGCUGCCCAGGAUCUUCCGGGACAUCGAGCUCAAAUGUCUGGACGCAGAUGACGCCGUGGUGACCUUUGACGAGGCCGAGGGGACAGAUGUGUACAACGAGGUGCAGAUGCCCAGCUAAGGGCGCCCCCAACGCCCCCCCAGCCCCGCUGCCAUCUGCACUGCUGCCAUCCUGAGGCCACCGGGCCACCAACGGGGACUGGGGACACAGUCCCCACCUGCCCACCCUUGGGAACGGAGCCUUUUUUUUUUUGUUUUUCCCCCUUUUUUUUUUUUUUUUUUUUUUUGGUCUAUUUUUAAAAGGAUUUUGGAUGAUGUGAUCUCACCCCCACUUUGCUGCCUGCUGGGGAAGGGGCUGGGCUGCCCGGGCCCCAUGUGCCACCCGUGGCAAGGUGGAUGUGACACUGUCCUGUCCCCAAGGCCACCACCAGCGUGGGAAAGAGCUGGAGGAAGACCCUGGAGGGAGGAGGAGGAGGAAGGCAGGGACAGAGAUACAGCAGGAUGGAGUUCUCCCACCAUCCUCCUCCUCCUCAGGGAGCCCCCCCAGCCCAGCCCCUCUCCCCAGAUGAACUUUGAACAAGCUGGGACAGACCCAUCACCCUGUGGAGCCUUUUUCCCAUUUUCUCCAUCACCUGCUCCACAGGAUGGUGGCAGCUUCUCCACUGCACAUCCCAGAUCCAGGGUGUAAAUAGCCCAGCAAGGGGGUUUAUACAUUUACAAUGAAAACAAUCAUGCUUAAAACACACAGAAAAAUACUUCCAGUCAUGCUGAUGCUUCUGCAGGUAGAAUUCACUUAGAGCCAAGCAAAAAUUAAAAAAAAAAAAAAAAAAAAAAAAAAAAAAAAGCUGAAAAAGUACCUCAAAAAUAGAAAAAAAGAAGAAAAAAAAAGAAAAAAAAAUAGCUGCAAGGAGUGAUCUGUAUAUUUGAUGCUACUGGGGGGGUUUGUAAUUUAUUUUUCUGGCUGGUUGUGCCCCCACUGUAGUGGGGCCAAGUGCGUGUGUGUAUAUACUAGAGAAUGAUAGCAAAACCUAGAAUUUUCUAGAAAAGAUGAUUUUAAGGAAUCCUGGUCAGGGCCUAAACUCUAUGGACCAGUCUGGCAGCGUCAUUUAACUGAUAAGUUAGUCUUAAUUAGUUAAUUAGUCCUCUUUAUUUUUAUAGCGUUUCAGGUAAAUCCAUGUAGGUUUUCCUUGAUUUUUCCCUUGCUUGCUCACCGUGCCUUGCCCCAUUUCCCUUGGGAUUGCUCCAAGGGAUGCCCCAAUCCUGCCAGGGCUGAUUCUGCUCCAAGGGUUGGAUGUGACCAAGGGUGCAGAGCACCAGAUCAGGCUCCAAAUUUGCUCAUUUUUGCAUAAAUCAGAACAGGGGACCUCAAAAUCAGCAUUGGGGGGUGGGAAGGGGCAGCCACACCCAGGGCUGCGCUGCCUCACGUUUGGGUUGGUUUAGUUUUAUUAAUUAUUUGUCUGAAAUAAAAAUGUUUUGAUCUUUGGGGGUUUCUCCUUCCCUUCCCCACACCUCUGCAUCGGGCUUUAAUAAACAAAUCAAUAAAAUCAGAAAGGAAA